GUUUGCUCUUGGCCUGGUAUUCUAUGGUAUAAGUUUCGGUAUCCAAGCAUUAGCAGGAAAUAUCUACCUAAAUUUGUUCUUGUUCAGUGUCGUCAGCAUACCUGCAAAAAUAAUCACGGUCUAUUUGACGAAUAGAUUAGGGCGAAGGAUUGCAGCUAUGAUUUGCUUUUUGGGUGUCGCAGUUGGUGGGCUUGUGGCCGGGAUAGCUCAAGCUGUUGAUACUCCACAUCGUGACCUGCUUACAAAUAUGUUUGCUAUCAUAGCAAGUAUGACCAUCAACAUGGCUUGGGGACCAAUACAGACAAUGACAAUAGAAGUUUACCCUACUGUUAUAAGAAAUAUCGGUUUCGGAUCUUUAAGUGUCAUUGCCCGCUUUGGUGCAAUUCUAGGACCACAGUUUGUUUACUUGAACAUGUAUGUGCCAGGAUUGUUGUUCUUCGUUUGUGGUGGAAUAGCGGUAUUGUGUCUUGUCUCACAACAGUUUUUACCGGAAACGCGAGAUUCAAAUUUAAACGACAAACUACACAAACAGGAAGUGGACGUAAUGCCCCUCGGAGAGAAAGAUACUGAUAUUAAAUGACUUUCAACUUUGGUGUGUAAAAAUAUGUAUAUAUAAGCAUUCUCUUACUUAAA